CCGUCACAACAACGCGACUUGGACAGUCCAAAGCCGUAAUAGAACGCGGCACUGAAAGCUUGGCAAAGCAGGCCCCUUCACGCGUUUACACGCCAUAUCGCCUGAGUACCUUCUACUGCUACUCAAAACGCAACGUCGGGCCUGCAACGGGCCCGUCUUCGCAGAUGCGCUGCACCUAGACGUUGGCCCCAACGCUGGUGGGCCUUAAACGCCUGACCGGACGUUCAAAAGAGUAUUGAGAUGCAGAGCGGUGGACUGCCGCAGCAGCCGCAGCCGGCGCCUCAGGUUGUGGCGCAUCAGCAGCAGGCGCUGGCGCACCUGUAUGGCCAGGCAUUUCUUCAUCUCCAAGAGACUCAGAUAGCUGAGAUGCAGUGGAGGCUGGAGCUGUCUGCCAAGCUUGAGGCAGUCCUUGAGAAACUGCGGGAGCGGAACCAAGCCACCGCAAACAUCUGCUUGUGCCAGACCUGGCUGGGAGCGGAUGGUUGCGAGGUGCAGAACCCAAACUCGUUGGAAGUGACGCUCUGGGCAGACCCGCGCCUGGGCUUCGUGCUGGACCCGUUGUUUAACGAGCUGCGCGUGAAGAGCUGCCAAGGGCCAGUCUUCUUCCGGAACUCCAUGCCCGGCAAGGUGUGGCGCUCGGGGGCGGUGCAGAUCGUGCAAAACCUGCGCAUCCUGCCGCCCACGCUGCACCCGCGCAGCCAGCUUUCCGAGGAGGCGCUCGAGCGGCUGGCGGAGGCCCUGUACAUCCCCAUCUACGACCUGGCGCGCCCGCUCAAGGGCCAGGUCUGCGUGCUGGAGGUACUGCUGUCCACGCGCGCCACCGAGGCGAUGCUGGUCGCCGACGUCAUCAGCUUCAUCGGCAGCCUGCUCACCGCGCUGAACCUGUCGCUGGCCAACCCCAUCCAGCCGCCCAUCCGGCGUAGCGUCCUGUGCGGCCGCCGCGCGCGCGCGCCCGACUCGGACGGGGAAGGCAGCGACGGCGAGAGGCCGGGGUCGGGGCGGGGCGCGGGGUCCGGCAAGCCUGCGGCUGCGCCGAAGCCGCCGUUGCCGCCCCAAGCGGCGGGCGCAGCGGGUCAGGCGGGCGGCAGCGGGGCACCGACGUCAACGCCGCCGCCGCAACCGCCGCCGCAGCAGGCGGGCACCGUGGCAUGUGGAGCGGCGGCGGGCGCUGGUGUGACGGCGCGCGGGUGCUGCCCUGCCACGGGCCCUGCGACGUCAGAGCAGCCCACGCUGCCGGCGAGCCCUAGCCCGGAGCGCCUUGGCCGCAGCAGCGAGGUUUCAGCGGCGGCAGGGGGCGCCCCUUCCGCGCAGCCGGGAGCCGCCGCUGCCGAGGGCGUGCAGGCUGAGGUGGAGCAGCAGGCGGAGCAGGAGGACGGCGCGGCCGUCAGCGCGCUGCGCAUGCCACGCAAGGUGCGCAAGGUGCUGGACGGGGCCAUGCAGCGCAGCAAGAGCGUGGUGUCAGUGGCGGCGCUGUCGCAUGGAAUGGCGGAUGAGGACGAGGAGGAGGAGGAGGAGGAGCGGCUGGCGGAGGCAGCUGCGGCCGCGGCGAGGGCCGCGCAGGCAGCUGCAGCAGCAGCGGCGGCGGCGGUAGUGGUGCAGCCGGCGGCGGCGCCGAGUGAAGCGACAAAGUAGGUUCCGGGUGUUACGAUCAUCAACACAACGCACGCAACAGCAAGCACUGGGCAGCUUGUUACGCGGAUCAUUAUGAUGCGAAUGCGUUCAUUGUCCCCAGAGUCAGAGGCCGCUCUUGUGUCGUGAUUGGACAUUCAAGCCCGGCACCAAAGCUCCUUUGUCCCUUGUCAUCCUUUGGCACGGGCAAACAUUUUUGACGGCUCUUUCGGCCGUCUUCAUGAUGAUAAUCAGUAGUAUAGCGCCGUAUGUGUGCGUGUGUUUGUCCAAUCUUCUUUCUCGGGAAUUCCCGGGCCGCCACCUGGAUUCGCUGCGCUCAGGUCGCAGAUGCUUCUCCAGCAAUGGCUUUUGCAUAAAGGGCCCGCCCAUUGUUUCUCGAGUCGUGACCGCACGCUCGUGUGUGAGUACAAUAGGUACGGUAGUGUUUUCGUUUGUGUAGGUUUGAGAUGCUUUCUGGUUUGGGUGGUGUGUGUGUGGAUGGCGCGUCGGAACACAUCGCCACAGUGUUUGCAUCCGUGCGGAUUGUUUUUGAGCAUCUAUUUCGAAGGCCGAGGCUGUCGGGGUGCUGGCUGGCAGUUAUUGCGAGGUGCCGUCGGCUUUUGUGACACUGGGCAGGGAAAUGGGGUGGAGGAAAGGGUGGCGAACGGCAAGACGUUUUACGGGUCUUGGUGGCAGAUUUUGCAGAGCGUCCAGGCGCAGGAAUCGAGGGCAUGAGAGGACGAUUUUCCGUGCAACAGAAGAGCGCCGAAGAAAUCGUGAGAGGCGUGAGGCGUUGGCGAAGAGCAGGAGAGCGCAGGCAAAGGAAUGCUUUAAUGUCAGACCGGCCGGUGCAGGCUGGUGCCGCAACGCGCAGUAUGCGACUAUGGUUAUCAUGGCUGCACGCUGCUGUGCUACCGAAUGUAAACAAUAUUUCAU